AGAGGAAUGAUUGCAUUCAUCUUUGCAAACAGUCUACUAUAGACACCCAGAAUGAGUCAUUAAAAAAAAAAAUCAACAAAUACAAACUUAAGUUUUCUCUUCGGCUAGCCUCUAAGAGUGAAUAUAUUUGAAAAAAACACGAUAGAGUGAAGCCGCGAAAGUCGAAGUGUGAAGUGGCAAGGAAUGACUAUAUUCUAAGAAUGGGCGAGAUCUACAGGUAUUGACAUAGAAAGAUAUCCAUGUGGAAUGAAACAGUGGAGCUUUUUCGUGCUAGGAUGCCAUUACGGAAGCACCGCUGUCGUUUCAAAAGUUAUGAACAGUGCUUCUCGGCGGCGGAAGCUGUGGACUGGCUACAUGAUCUGCUGAGGUGCAAUCAAAACUUUGGCCCUGAAGUGACCCGCAAACAAACGGUGCAGCUGCUGAAAAAAUUCCUGAAGAAUCAUGUUAUUGAAGACGUCAAGGGAAAAUGGGGUCAGGAAGAUUUUGAAGACAAUGGUCACUUGUACAGAUUUCCUCCUUCCUCACCCCUGAAACCAUAUCCAAAGAGGCCCCCGUACCAAAAGGAUGUUAUUAAAUUUCCAGAAUGGAAUGACCCCCAACCAGGCACUUCACAAGAGAACAUCCCAGUGAGGCCAGUUGUGAUGAAUUCUGAGAUGUGGUACAAGCGGCACAGUAUUGCUAUCGGAGAGGUGCCAGCUUGCCGGCUUGUGUACCGCCGGCAGCUGACCGAGGCCAACGUGGAAGAGAUAUGGAAGUCUAUGACAUUGUCAUAUUUACAGAAAAUCCUUCGCCUAGAUUCCUUAGAAGAAGUUUUAGAUAUUAAACUUGUGAAGUCCAAAUACAUCAUACAUAAUGUAUAUAGUGUGAGCAAGCAGGGAGUUGUUAUCCUUGAUGACAAGUCAAAAGAACUUCCUCAUUGGGUACUGUCAGCAAUGAAGUGUUUAGCAAAUUGGCCGAAUUGUUCGGAUUUGAAGCAGCCUAUGUACUUAGGAUUUGAGAGAGAUGUCUUUAAAACCAUAGCAGAUUACUAUGGUCACUUGAAAGAACCUUUGCUUACAUUUCAUCUUUUUGAUGCAUUUGUCAGUGUUUUAGGUUUGUUACAGGAAGAGAAAAUGGCCAUUGAAGCAUUUCAGGUUUGCUGCCUCCUCCUGCCACCGGAAAAUAGGAGAAAAUUACAGCUGUUGAUGAGGAUGAUGGCAAGGAUUUGCUUAAAUAAGGAGAUGCCACCACUUUGUGAUGGUCUUGGCACCCGAACACUGAUGAUUCAGACAUUUUCCCAUUGCAUCUUGUGUUCCAAGGAUGAAGUGGAUUUGGAUGAGUUAUUAGCUGCUAAGUUGGUGACGUUUCUGAUGGACAAUUCCCAAGAGAUUCUGAAAGUCCCUUUGGCCUUGCAGACCUCCAUAGAGGAACGUGUGGCUCACCUACGAAGAGUGCAGAUAAAAUACCCAGGAGCUGACAUGGAUAUUACUUUAUCUGCCCCAUCAUUUUGUCGUCAGAUUAGCCCAGAGGAAUUUGAAUACCAACGAGCAUAUGGCUCUCAGGAACCUCUGGCAGCUUUGUUGGAAGAAGUCAUAACAGAUACCAAACUCUCCCGCAAAGAGAAGAAGAAAAAAUUGAAGCAGUUUCAAAAAUCCUAUCCUGAAGUCUACCAAGAACGAUUUCCUACCCCAGAAAGUGAAGCACUUCUAUUUCCUGAAAAACCAAAACCUAAACCACAGUUGCUAAUGUGGGCACUAAAAAACCCUUUUCAACCAUUUCAAAGAACUCGAAGUUUUCGGAUGUAAUACUUGCAUAGCCGGUGGAGAGCUCUGAUGUUGUUUUGAGUAAAUGGGUGGUUAUAGAGUAUGGUGGUGGAAGAAAGAAGAGCGGAAAAUACAGACUACUGAAAUAUAAAUAUGACCUGAUUUCAAAAAAUGUUUAGCCAUUAUCAGUAUUUCUCUAAAAUUCAAUGCUUUUUAAAAGUGUGUAAAUUAGUUAAACAUUAUGAAAUGCACAGUUAUACUGUUAACAUGUUUAUAAUUAUUAGAAAAUUUAA